AGAGCGAAGCUGCAUGGCGCUGCGGGCUGCGGGGCCCACCAGCCCUCCCUCUCUCUACGGCUGGGUUUUUCCAGCUGGAGCCUCACUCUCUCUACUGCAAUCGCUGGAAGCCGCCACUGUCUACCGCGGCUGCUCCUGCCCAUUAUUUAUUUAUUUAUUCACUUAUUUAUUUAUUUCGUCCCUUUUUUCCUGUACCAGCGGACCCCUAGGAGUCAGAGAGAGGGAAACGGAGAGGAGCCUGCGGUAGGGGAGGAGGCACCCCCUCCUAGAGUCAUGAGCGCUACCAGACAGAAAGCUGAAAGCAGUGACGGCAACAUGGGCAGGAGAGAGCAAGAAACUGAGCUGCGGGACAGAGCCCACCUGAGCCAGGAGCGGCGGCUCAAACAGGCUACCCAGUUCGUGCACAAAGACUCUGCUGAUCUGCUCCCAUUGGACAGUCUCAAGAGGCUUGGCACCUCCAAGGAUCUGCAGCCACACAGUGUGAUCCAGCGUCGCCUGAUGGAGGGGAACCUAGACCAGUUUCUUGGGGAGUCCUCCUUGGUUUGGGGCCAAGUUCAUGGAGCAGAGAGUACUAGGAAGACCGGUAGGAAGGAGACCCCAGCUCUUCUUGUUCACUGCAAGUGCCAGGACCAGGUAUUAAGAGUGGCAGUGGACACAGGGACCCAACACAAUCAAAUCUCUGCCAGAUGCCUCAGCCGUCUUGGGCUAGGGGAGGGGGCCCUAAAAACCCCAGGUGGGAAAAAGGCUCCUGGUGUCCUGGCCCAUGUGGAGAAGCUGGAGCUGCAACUAGGGCAAGAGACUGUGGCCUGCUCAGCUCAGGUGGUUGAUGAGGAGAAUCCUGAAUUUUGCCUGGGACUGCAGACACUGGUAUCUCUCAAGUGCUGCAUUGACCUGGAGCAUGGUGUACUACGGCUGAGAUCCCCCUGCCCAGAGCUACCAUUUCUGCCUUUCCACCAGGAGCCCGGCCAGUGACAACAAGCACUGUCUAUCCCCAGGAGAGAACACAGGGCCUUAGGGAAAGAGUCAUGGGCAGCAGGGGUGCUGCCCACCACCCUGAGCCUUGCUCACAUGUUUUGUCUGCCCACAUGUAUUCUUCUUUGCUUUUUCACCAACUUAUAUAUAAAAGGUCACAUCCUAAAUAAAUUGGAGGAGCAGGGAAAUAAAUACCUUUAGCAACUAUGGGUUGGGGAAGAAUUCAUGACCAAACAAGGGAUAGAGAGAAUUACAGAAGAGAAACUGGACAAUCUUGAUUAUAUAAACUGAGAAGUUUUUAUACAAAUAAAAUUAAUGCAUUUAAAAUUAGAAGGAAAUAGGUUAACUAAAAAAAAAAACCCUUUUUACUAAGUUUCUCUAAUAAAAGUCUGCUUACAAGUAAGGAUAUCAAUGAAACAUAUGAGAACAAGAGCCAUUCUCAAAGCAUAUGAACUGGCAGUUCUCAAAGAAAGUGAUUCAAGUUUUCAAUAGCCAUCUCUAAUCAAUAAUAAUUGGGG